AGGGGUGGGAGAAUGGAGGGGAAAAUGAUGGUUCGUCGAGGAGAAAUCCGACAGUGUCACUUCCGUGGCGGUUCGGAACGAUACAUAUAUUUUUUCUCUCACUUUCGUCGUAGUUAAGCUCGUCAUGGUUGUCGUCGCUUUAUUCAGCAAAAAACAGAGAAAAAGAAUGUAUAUCUUUUUCUACGCAUUGUCCUAAUCCCAAUAAGCAUGGGUUGACGCAUGUAAACUCUAUCCGAGGCUAACGAUCGAACCUUUUCCGAAAAUAACAUUGAAUGCAACGCGGAGGAUCUAUUUUGAGAUGUUAUACGUAGGAAGCGCAUCGCUGUUAUCCUCGUAUAGUCACCAAAUUUAACACUUAAAGAGAGAGAGAGACGCGCAAAUACGCAUACAAACAGAGGUGCGAGAGGGUGGAAGCGUAGUAAAGGUUCAAGAAAGAGGCUGGACCAUGUCAGGGCGAGGGGCGGAGUGGUGACCUAAAACUCAUCCUCUGCGCCGCCGACCCUCGAUGCUUACGCUACGGCUGGUGUCGACUCAUUUCUUGAAGCAGCCAUAGGCAGUGCCCUUCGCCUAAGAGAAAGGGCUCUAAAUGCGAUGUGCCGUGAUAGGGACAUGAACUCAGAGCUAAUCGAGUCAUACGAACUCUUGUUACCGUCUUGCUUAUCUUCGUUGAUGUCGAAAUAAAAAGAAAAAUUGAAAAAAAAAAAAACAAAAAAAAGAAAAAAAAAUACAAAAAAAGAAAAUUUUUAAAACGAACAAAAACGAAAAUUCCCCCGAAAAAAGAAAACAAAAAAUACGAAAAAAAGAAGACGCUUGAUUGUUACGUACACGUCGAGAAUAAAAACAAAUCCUCAAAUUAAAAGAAGUUUUUUUUAUUUUCUUUUUUCGAAAAUACAACAGUAUUUUACGGUUCUCUUAAAUUCUUCCAAUCGCUCGAGCACCGUUUUUUUUAUCUUAUAUACUUAUGUAUUUUGUCAAAGACGAAUCAAUUUUUCUUACGUCAAAACGAUACGUUUAGUGAAGAAACGACUAAAACAAAAGAAGAGAAGACGGCUUUCGACCAAUUAUCACACUGAAAUCGGCAUAUUCCAAGCUGUGGAGAAUCGCAAGAGAUUGUAUUUGCGGCAGUGGGUCGCGGUGUAGAAGUGGGAUGAGACGUCCUCAGCAAGAACAACAGCAUCACCACCAUCAUCACCACCACCACCAUCACCACCACCAUCAUCACCACAAUCAGCAUCAGCAUCAGCAAUCUCAUUAUGGAUCGGCAAGUCCAACGCGUUCGCGACAGUCUCACGACAAGGACGAGUCCCGCCUUGCCAGAGUGAAGCGAGUCCUCGCAGGAUCGUUCCUUGGCCGAGGCAGAGGGUCCACGAGAGUGUUCGGUGCUCGGCUAGACUUGAUAGAGUCUUAUCAGGAAACGGGUGUACCCUACGUGGUCUAUCGCCUCUGCAACUAUAUCGAGGCUCAUGGUUUCCAAAGUGCUGCGGUAUUUCGUCUAUCGGGCGGUAGUCCCAGACUUGCUGAAAGAUUGAGGACUGCCUUCGAGAGAAGAGGCGAUGCCGAUUUGGAAUCUGCAGCUUGUCCAUCCACAGCGGCCACCCUUCUUCGACAGUACCUGAAAGAAUUGCCGCAACCCGUUGUACCGUCCACUUUGGUCGCAAGCUUGUUAAACCUUCACAACAAUGAUUACUCAAAUAAUCAUGAAUCCUGGAUUAAAUCGACGAAGGAACUCCUAUCAACCCUCCCAUCUUCUCAUUAUCGCUUACUUGGUUACUUGGCGAUUUAUUUAAGCAGAUACGAAGCAAGACACGGACGAAGCGCUGGUGUAUGCGGUGUAUUCGCUCCUGUUAUUUUACCUCACGUCCCACCUGCGACCACACUUCUACGAGACAUCCUUGCCGAAGCGCACGUACUCUUUCCCGAUUGCGUUCGUGAGAACACAGUAAACGGUAUACUUCCGACAGAAGAUUGCACAAUUUGCAAAGAUACGAAAGACGAGCGUAAGGAAUCCGAGGGUACAUCGUUGCUUUGCGCAUUAAAACCGCGUAAACGUAAGGAACGUCGAGAAUCCUGUUGUCAAGAACGGAAAUUGAUAAGAAGUAGUAGCGAAGAACGUGUUCUUGAUACUUCUAACGAUACAGCGGAUACGAUAAGACGCGUUAGUAGUCACGAAGAUUUCAAUAGCGAACAACAUUUGCACAUAUUGUCUCAACUUGGACAAGACAUGGGUCAUGGAGUGAGAUGCGGGGGUCUACCUCUGCACGAGAGAACAAAUGUAUCGCCUGUAUCGAAAAAACCAUCUCCGGUACCAUCGCCGUGUGAAGCAGUGUUGGCAACUGAAAGAUUUGAAUGCGAUGCAGAACGUUUGAGGAAUAGUGAACGAUUUAGCAGAAGUAUUACUCCCAGAGGAAGAAGACAGGCUCGUAGAAGAAGAAUUCACAGAGUACCGGAUAGCGAUCAAAGCUCAAGCAAGGAAAAUGAAGAACACGAGAAUAUUUAUACUGUAUCUCCAAGUCCGAAUGAUCAUAAUGGAUCACCGGCACAAAGUUUUCUUGAAAUGUUAAGCAGUGGACCUAGCAGAUCUCCGUCACCAGCUCGACCGCCAACAGUUGAUCACGAAGAUGGAAAUAAUCCUAGUCUGACAAAUUGGGGUUUUCAACAUCGGCAAGGCAAUGAAGAAGUUUCUGAUGCGAGAGUAGAAGCGAUGCUAUCACCUAGAAAUUCUCUAUUGGUGCCGAGAAGAUUCUAUUCGGAAAAUGAUACGCAACAAAGUGCACCAAAUAUUUCAGAGAUAGGUUUGAAAAAUUUAACGAAACAUAUUAAUGGUUUGAAAAAAAAAAUUAAAAAAUACGAGGAUGAAUUUGAAGAGAAUUUUGGUUAUCGUCCAAGUCAUUCGGACAAAAUGAGUAACCGCGAUAUUAAAAGAUUAUGUACAGAAUUAAAUAAACUAAGAAAAGAACAUAAAAUGUUAAAAGAGGACCCAAUCGGUGCGCUGAUAGCUAACGCUAAUAAUAAAUUAAAUACUGUUGGCAGUCCAACCAAUAAUAAUAACAGUCAAGAAAAAUCAAGAACCACGUCGAUGGAAGAAAUGGUUAAAGAAGUCGAAAAGAAACUUAGCGAGAAACGAUUGAAAUACAAUCGACCGGAUAAUAUGGAAGAAUUAACGUAUGAACAAUUAUUUGAUGAAAAAACAGCGGUACAAAAGGCAUUGCUUCAUAUUGAAAAUACUUUUGGUAGGCCAGUUUCCAAAGAUGACAGAUGUAUCGUGAGACCAUUGUAUGAUAGAUACAGAACUUUGAAGAGAUUACUUAUUAGAGCAGGCGCGAGUAAGAAUAAAGAUAGUAUUUCGGAACUAGCUACCAUAUUAGAACACGAAGCAAUGGAUUUUACUUCAUCUACUUUGCCUACCAAUUCCACGGAUGCAGAAAGAAGAGCCAGUGAACCAGAUAUGUCUCAUAGAGGCAUAUUAGAUUGUAUUGAUACAGUAGACCAACUUCCAACUGAUAGCGAUAGUCAACACAGCAGUAGCGAAGGAAGUCGUAGCGCUGGAGAAAGUCUUCAUGCAAUGCCACAAGAAGAAUUAUUCGUUCAACAAAGGAUCACUAGAGAAGAAAAAAAACGACUUCGUAGAGCUUUAAAGGAAUUAGAAGCACAAUUUGAAGCUCGGGCAGGACGUCGUAUGCAAAGAGAAGAUCGUGGCCCACAGGUCACGACUGUUUAUGAAUCUUACAAACAAGCAAAGGCAAGACUUAGACUGAUCGAGGCUCUUUUGGCAAAGAAUGCUUGAUUCGAUAAUAAAUUUUUAAAUCAAACAGAUAUGGUAUGUAACAAUCGAAGCACGUAAAAUGACAGACGAAUUACUUGCUGUAUUUGAUAACAGAAUUCAAUUGAUAAUAUCGAUACCUAAGAUUAAAAUUGAAGGCCUGCAAAAGAUUAUUAGAAAAAGCAUCCCAUUAAACCAACAGAAUAGCAUGUAUGUAUGAUCUAAAUAUAUACAAAUCAAAAUGCUUUUAUGAGAACAUAAAGAUAAAGGAAUACAUCUUAUAAAACUAGGGAGUCCUAUUAACUUUCACAAGUCUGUGCGUUCUAAUAAUUAUUUUUAAGUACCUCUUUGUUUUUGCUCUCUUGUAGGCUUAUAAUUAUCAGUCAAAUUUGUUAAAUCAUUCUUUCCUUUAUAAAGUUAUUCUUUAUUUUGUAAUAUUGUAAUACAAAUUAUUGAUUCAUUUUUUGGUUAAUACUGUUUGGUAAAAUUUUGUCUGAGAAUCCCCAAGAACAUAUGUUCUGCAAUAGUGUAUAUAUAUGAAAUAAAUAUAUUGUCAACAAAAAAAAAAA